AAAAAUAAUAAUUGAACAUAUACAAGGCAGGCAUUGUGUCACAUAUAAUGUAAAUACUUACUGUAAAACAUGGAUAAAUAUGUCAUCAACGGACAAAUCGGCGAAGGAGCGCAAGGUCUGGUUUUGAAGGCACACGACACGCUUAGGGAUCGAGAAGUAGCCCUAAAAAAAAUCUUGAUCAAAAGAAUCGAGGAUGGCUUACCCGUGUCGAUUAUACGCGAAGUAAAAAGUUUACAACAGUUGAAACAUCCUUACGUUGUCGAAUUGUUAGAUGCUUUCCCAAAUAGUUUAGACUUUGUGAUGGUUUUCGAAUAUAUGCCAACAGGCUUAUGGGAAAUAUUGAAGGAUACCGACAUGACAUUGACGUUGUCACAGAUCAAAACUUAUAUGAAAAUGUUGCUGGAGGGUAUAGCAUACAUACACGGGAAGAAUAUAAUACACAGGGACUUGAAGCCGGCGAAUUUACUGAUCAAUGACAACGGUAUCCUGAAGAUCGCGGAUUUCGGAUUGAGCAGACUGAUGUGGAAGGAUGGUACGAAGCCGUAUUCGCAUCAGGUCGCUACACGAUGGUACCGAGCACCGGAAUUACUCUAUGGUGCACGAUAUUACUCGGCCGCGAUCGAUAUGUGGUCGAUCGGUUGCAUAUUUGGCGAACUGUUAAACACUUCUCCGUUAUUUCCGGGUGAGACUGAUAUUGAACAACUGGCUAUAGUUUUGAAAUUCUUGGGCUCUCCCACGUCAGAAUCCUGGCCGGAAUUAACAACAUUGCCGGAUUACAACAAGAUUACAUUUCCUUAUCACAAGGCGGCGACGUGGGAAAGUAUUAUUCAGGACGCACAACCAGAAGCUAUUGACCUAAUCAGGCAGAUCUUGAUUUACAAUUCGUCACAACGUCUGACGGCUAAUCAGGUGGUUAUACACCAUUUAUCUUCUCUUAACGCAAACAAGACUUGUAACUUCGUUCAUCGAUUUAUCACGCAGGCAUUGUGUCACAUAUACUUUUACUCGAGACCCUAUCCGUCACUGAGGAAUCUGAUGAAACCACCGCAGGAUCAUCGUCUACGUGUGAAAUCGAAAGAAAUCAAUCCGAACGUGCAAGCGAGCACACUCUUCGAGAACCUCUUAAGCAUCGUUUAACGUAUAUUUGUCAUAAUAUAUCAACUGUA